UAGACGGUGAAAAAAGCACAUUGUCAUCAUCACAGAAAUUCCGCAGGGACGAUCAAAUUUAGUUCGAUCAGAAAUCAAACAGAAGGCUAUGAAUGAAGACCAAAUCUUGUCACUUCGAGAUUGUGGUGGUGCUGCUACUGUCUGUUAUCCCUUGGCCAGGACCCUCGGUAUUUAAAAUAUCAUGCCCCCGGGAUCGUGCUUCGAUGGUCAGACGGAUCGUACAAAAGAGAUGGAUACCGAUACUGAAGAAGUACCAGGUAGAACUACCCCUGGAGUGUCCUUUUCACGAGAGUCGGGAUAUAUUCUAUCCUCAACAGGCUGCCAAGUAUCAGCACAGAACGUCUCAGUGGACUUGUGGAUUAUGUGGAAAAUCUUUUUACUCGGAGAAACAUUUAGAGGCACAUUUCGAUAGCAGGCAUAAGAGUAAUGUCAACACAGCGGAAGAUGCUGUGUGUUUAGCAAAUUACUGUGACAUAAUGCGUUGCGACGUACUAGGCCCAUCAGAACUGGAAAGUUCUCUAGUCGAUGAUCCAACUGGUGCCCUAAACACAGAUAUUCAAGUAUGGCGUGAGAACACUGACAGAACAUCGACAGUUGUUCCCUGUGAGUGUCGUGACUUGACUCGAAUCUACAGUAAAGUCAGUGACAAGUCGGAAGUUAUGCCCUCAGGGUCGCUUCACCAGAGUCAGAAGCACUGUCGACGAGAGGAGAGUACCUCGUCCUCAGCUGCGAGGACAUCAGAUUAUCACAGGGACAUAGCUGGACCAGAUAAUAAGAGCAGUGCCUGCGAGCACAGCGAUGACGAGGACGACGAUCCCAGCAAUCUUGUGGAGGCUGCAUUGCCAGCUGGGGAUCGGAAGGAGAGGAAGAGACAGUCGGAAAUUAGGAGAUUGAAGUCUCAUUGCAAACCUGAGGAACUUGCUAAACUCAAAAUUCAAUGUGAAGUACUUGUGAGAGACUGUAUUGCUGGAUUACUGGCUAAUCUCUCAGUGAAAGACUUCCAGGAUAUCGAGGGUGAAUUAAAUCGCGCAAUCUGCUGGUACCUAAGUUGUGACAGGUACUGGGAGGACACGAAACGUCAUCACCGCCAUACAUCCUGGUACCUGCUCAUCACAUUCCUCUUUCUGCUUUCCUCUGGGAUAUCUGCUUGUUACUACGUCGUUUCUGUCCUCCUCAGUUCUGGAGAAGACGAUUGUAUGGACAUGGCCGACGACCGCUCAGAUGAUCGUCCAUCCACCACGUCCUCGCUUCACGAUCCAGGAGGGAGUAAUCGUCACGACGAUCGUCGAAAAUACGAGGAUGGCGAGGACAGGCUCAUCCCCACUGGCGAAAUGCCCGACCACUAUAUUUACGUCGCCUAUCCUCCUGAGCUCAAACGUCGUCUCUUGGAAAGUUGUUACAAUAGAACGACAAGAUUAUAACUCCAGAAUGAAAACCAGAGGGAGAAGAUUCAUCCUCUCGACUCACGCACGCACACAAUUAUGCGCAACACCCUCCCCAAAAAACCAAGGAAAUAUGAAUAAAAAGAAUUACUGCACAGAGGAAGAAUUCUCCCCUUCGAUGUCGAGAGAAAAUGGAGAGGAAUUCAGUAAGACAGUGGUAAUAAAGCUGUUCAUCUACAAUUUUUGAUUAUCGAAUGUCAAGAGAUAUUUUUUGUUGGAAAUUUUCUUGGCUACAAAAAAAACUCUUGAUAUCUUUUUCGAAAACCAUUUUUUUCGAGAUAAAUCCUUAUUUGAGGAAAUAGUAAACUGCUUCCCUUGACAUUUCGUCAUUCAACCCAAUUGUUGACUAUUGAAUUAUCUCGAGAGUGAUUACUUCUACAAGAAGACUUCAAAAGAGAUUUUUGUCGACAAUUUUCGUCAAUAAAAAGAUUUGAUAUUUCUUCCUGAGAAAUCGCUCUUUUCAAAAUCAAUUCUUAAUUGAGGAAACAGUCUAAUUUGAUGUUAUUAAUUUCACUUGUUAAUUAUUUUGUUAUCUUUGAAUAAUGAGUGAUUUUACGAGAAAAUAUCAAGAGAUUUGUUCAAACAAUUUCUUUGUUUACACCAAAGAUCUUCAGAUAUUUUCUUGUAACUUCAUAUUAUCAAGAUGAAUGCUUAACUGAUGGAAGAUUUAACAGCCUGUCUUGGCAUAACUGAUCUUCAUUAUGAAUUGUUCCAUUAUCUAAUGAACCAUUGGGACCUUUUUCUAGGAAAAUAUUCUCAGCUAAGGCCUCUGGCCAUUUUCUCCGCAAAUGACUCAAAUUAAUAAUUCAUGAUUUUGUGUUAAAUUAUCUUGAAAAGUCUCACUUUCUUCCUGAAUUCUUCACAAAAUUCCUUCGAACUCUCCCAAUUUGUGAUUUAAAACCAAUAAGUCAUUUUGAUGGAGCCAUCGGAGUCCCUCUGCGUCUCCAUGACACUCGAUUGUCGAAUGAGGAGUCUGCGAGUCGCAGUGGCUGGUCCACGUGGCUCCUCAGACAUUGGUUGAGUUGAUACCGACUGCAUCUCCACAGUCUCGCCGGCUGAGAGAUCCUCGUACGACGUUGUUGCAGAGGGUGGUCUUGAAACAGUUUAAAAAACCAUAUUUAUAUUAAUGAAAUAUUGAGUCAAGUCAAUGAAAAUGAAAAAAUGAUGAAGAAAACGAAGAAUUUCCAACAUUUCACCCCAAUUAUUUCGCGAAUAUCUCUGGAACUAUGAAGUUUAUGGAAAAACCUGAUAAAGUCUAGCCUGUGAUCCGUAAACUUCUCAAUAAAAAAUGUCUUUUGCCAAUUCUCUGUAGAAUCCCUCGUUAACGGAUGACUGAUAUGCUAUGACGAAAUAUCGAGGGAUUAUUAUUAUAGCCAAGAAAAUUUCCUAUAAAACGUGUCUUGUGAUAUUUCUUCUAGUCAUCCCUCAUUGCCAAAGUGAUUAAACAAUUGAAAAUAAUAAUUAGAGAUUUCAGAAAAAAUACCAAGGAGAGACUGCAAUAAAAUUUGAAAGUUGCAGGGUCUCUAUCAUACAGAUGACUUAGGCACUUGUUUUUUAUACUCAAAAAAUGAGAAAAAAUCAAUUCUAAUUUUUUCCAAUGACGGCAUGUGGCUGCACAGGCAUAAAAUCUUUAAAAUAGUCCUCCUAUUAGGAUUUUUGAUGAAGACCUUCGUAAAGAGUUUUAGGUAAAAUUGUUUUUUUCUCACAGAUUGUAUUGUAAAAUGUAUUUUUUGGAAAUUAGUCUCAGUAUAUAGAACACAAUUUUGAAUUUUUAGAUUGAUUCAAGUGCCCCGAUGAAGAGUUCUUAGUGCGCUCGAAACGUCGGCACGAAAGAAUUUGUUUUUUCAAUUCCUUUUUUUACGGUUUUUUAUUUUCCACACCGCUUUGAUGACCGUUCUGGUUGGGAGAAGUUAACGAGAAGGGAUGAUUUUUGAUGGAUUGACUGGAAUUUCGGUUUCCACGCAAAUAAUAUAUUGACGACAAAAAAAUGUUUUUUUUUAUUUUUAUUUUUUAUAUUUUUUUUCUCGAAAUUGGUAGGGACAAUCGUAUUUUAGCAUCGUGCACAUUGAAGGCAAUGACAUACCAAUGAAUUAUAAUUUUUAUUUUAUUUUUUUGAUCAUUAGUAUUGCUGUUUUGUAAAAUGAGUAAUAAAAAAAUGUACUUUACUGAUAUGUCACGGCUUUCAAUUCGCAUAGUACUACAAUAUUAUUGUCUAUAAAAGCUCACAUAUUUUUUUCAUCACUGUAUGAUGUAUGUGGUAACCAAAAUUCAAGUCAGUCCAUUAAAAAUCCUGUGAGGGGACUAUUUUGACGAUUUCCUGCCUGUGCACCAAAAUUCGAUUUUUUCUAAUUUUUUGGAUAUAAAAAAUGAGUACUAAAAUCAGCAGCAUGGCAGGGACAAUCCCCUGCAACUUUCAUAUUUCACCGCGGUCUCCCCUUAAGGGGAAACGGAACCCUAGUGUGUAUAUGAAUUUUUAGAAUUGUGUUUUCUCCUACAAUUAUUAAUUUUUAUCUAUGACACUACUUUAUCGAUUCGAUCAUUGUAUUGUUGAGUCAAUGAAAUAGUUUCAUAAAUAAAAAAUAGUAAUUGCAGGAGAAAACACACUUCUAAAAGUUCAUAAACACAAAGGGUUUCCGUUUCCCCUUAAGAGACUCCUGUUAUAGCCAAGAAAAUUUCAUACAAAAAAUGUCGUUAUAUUUUUUCAAAGCAAAAUGGACCCUUCUGGCUUUUUUUGGAACAGCAAUAACUCAUUGAAUUGUUAAUGAAAUGGGAUAUUUUUUUCCAUGGAAAGUACAAUUCUUCCCCUUUGAGAUGAGCCUAAACUGAGCUCAAUCUUUUUAGAAGCCAUAAACAUUGACAAAAGUCAAGUGUCAUUGAAUCCUCAAUAAUUUACGUGAAUUAGAUGAUAAUUCACUACAAGAUGAACAGCUUUAUGAAUGAAAAAUGUUACGAGAGCUUUUUUCUGCCCCUAAAAUUCUCUGCAAAAAAAUCCUUUUGCAUUUUGUUCGAAACCCACGGGUUUCAGAGAUAUUUGCAAAAUAAUUUGCGAAUCCACCUGACUACUGAAUGAAUUUUCAUAAAAAUCCUCACUUAGUGGGAAUACAUUUGAGGCAGUCGGUGUAUUUCCAGUCCUUGCCGAAGAGUUCGCCCUCUUCAACAGUCUGUGGUAAACGAUGAUGCAGUGUCUCAGGCAGUCGUAAUCCGGACAAUCCUCCAAUGACGGAGACCGCCCCAAGUAUUACGAGUGGAAGCACCAAAUUCUCUUUUCCCUAAUGAAUGAAUUGUUUUGGCGAAUUAAUUAAGUAUGGAAAUGAGCAAGAUUUAUUCGAUAAGAUAUAUUUACAAAAAUUUUUCCUAAAAUAUUUGACUACCGUUGGUCGAUUCUCUCAUUAAAACAAAUAAAUCGAAUUUGAAAAAGAGUUUUUCUAGGGUUAAAUCUCUUCUGUACUUUAAUAAAUCCAAUUAUGGCCAUUAA